ACACUUUUGGUUUUUAUUUCUGCUACUUUCACGUUCACCACUUCCAAAAUUUUGUGUUUUUAUUUCAGAUUUCCAGCAUCUGCAGUUUAUUUUCUUUUUGAUUACUGUGUAAAAAGGAAGGAAUAAACCAAGUAAUUACAAGCCACUUAGCUUUACUCCAGUGGUAGACAAAUUACUGGAAUCUAUUUUAUGAGACAGCAUAAACUUCAUUUUAAAAAGGCACAGAUUAAUCAGGAACAGUCGGCAUGGAUUCCUGAAGGAAUGGCCGUGUUUGACUAAUGAUGGAUUUUAUUUUAAGGAAGUAAUAAAGAUGACGGCAAUGUUUUUGACGCAGUCUACAUGGACUUUGGAUGCAUAUUGUAAGUAGACAAGUUUAAAGUCCAAAACAAUACUAGAAUGUAAAUUCAUUAUAAAGUGUGAAUGUAUGAUAAGGCGAGUAAGAAUGUAUGCGAGUUUAACAAUAGUCAUGUAUGUCCUUCAAGAGAAAUAAUCUUAAAUACUUCAAGAUUUAAGAGGUAAAAGGUCGCUCUUGAUUCAGAUUCCAGUCUGAACAAGGUUCUUCAAACGCUGCUAGUGGACUUCAUCGUAUCAAGACUCACACUUCUGUAAACAAUUUUUCAGCAUUUAAGUAGUUAACAGAUCAGAAAUCCUGUACUGUUAAAUCUUUACGAGCCUGGGAGGUAUUUGGUAUGCUCAGCAAAUAAAAAGGGUUCAGCCUAUUCUUUGUCCAAUUCCGACCAUCUUCGUCUGACAUCAUCCUAUUUGCAUGCUUAAUACGUUUUGUGCAGCCAAUGAAAUUUGCAUUUGGGAGGAAAGCCAGCGAGGAACGAUUUUCACAAAGCUGUGACAUAUUAUCCGUAUUCAGUUAUUUCGUGCGAGCACUGUAGGGAGUUGAAAAGCCUGUUCCACAGCCAGCAGCAAGGUAGGCUCGCUUCGUGCUCAGAACCUUUGUUGCACAAGUCUGACGAUUUUCAUUAGCUCCGGCAUAAUAUUCAAGCAAGCUGCCGAGCAACGAUGUCAUUGAACCUACUGAGCUACUCGGCAAACCAGGAUUCAUCUUUGUUCUACCUGAACAGUCAUCCGAUUUUUCAGAACGGGAUUUCUUUUGUGUAACUGUAUAACCCAGGAUAGUACAACAGUGCUCAUUUUCCCCCAAAGAUUUUGAACCCGGACUGUUUAGCAGAAACUGGUAACCAAGUAUUACGGGGACUCGAAUGAACCCAAUACUGAAUGGAUAACCGAGAGGCCACUCCGUACAUUGAAACACAAGCUCGUCGUAAACCAGGAAAAUAAGCAAUUUCACAGCACGAAUGUGUUCGCCGACGUAACUCAGCUGUAGAAUUCACUCGGGGCAAAAUCUCCAAAGUGAUCCGAAAGAGUCCAAUUUUCGCAGGAUCAGUAUUCACCAUGGUAGCCUCCAACACCACUCUUUGUAAGCCUGAUGAUUCCUUUAAGUAUACAUUGUACAGCAGCGUAUACAUCCUGGUAUUCGUCGUCGGCCUCGUGUCAAACUGUGUCGCCCUGUAUGUUUUGAGGUGUUCCUUAAAAUUAAGGAACGAAACCAUAACAUACAUGACAAACCUUGCCGUGUCAGACCUGCUGUUUGUCUUCACGCUGCCAUUUCGGAUUUUCUACUAUGCGACCAGGGACUGGCCUUUUGGGGAUUUGUUGUGCAAGGUUUCGGGGACGCUGUUUCUCACCAACAUGUACGGGAGUAUCCUGUUCCUGACCUGCAUCAGCGCCGAUCGUUUUCUGGCUAUCGUUCACCCUUUUAAAUCGAGAAUGCUGAGAACGAAGAGAAAUGCGAUCAUUGUGUGCAUUGCUGUGUGGCUGACUGUGCUGGCAGGAAGUGUUCCGGCGACUUUCUUGCGAACGACCAGUGAGAAGGCCAAUCAGACGAAAACCUGCUUUGAAAACUUUUCCAACGAGAUCUGGAAGAACUUCUUGUCAAAGAUUGUAAUAUUCAUCGAGAUAGUCGGUUUUGUAAUCCCGCUGCUGCUAAACCUGUUCUGCUUUUCAAUGGUGUUGAGGACUUUACGCCAGCCCAUUACUCUUUCCCGCAGUAAAUUCAACAAGAAGAAAGUCCUCCGAAUGAUUGUUGUCCAUUUCCUAAUUUUUCUCUGCUGCUUUGUGCCGUACAAUAUAACGCUAGUGAUGUAUUCGCUGGUGAGGACUGGAGCAGUGAGAAAUUGCUCGGUGGUAACUACAGUCAAAACAAUGUAUCCCAUCACACUAUGCUUUGCUGUCUCUAACUGCUGCUUUGACCCCAUCGUUUAUUACUUUACUUCAGAAACCUUUCAGAAUUCAAUCAAGAGGAAGUCGAAGUCGCUAAGGUUCGACUCGGAUUUGGAGACCUUGCACACUGCGGGCUUCCUCACCAAUAAUCUGCGGACAUUAAAAUCUAAAACGCUCAGUUUAGAUUCGACUGUUUAGUUACCAAUUACACAUUUGGAGAUCUUAUCACAUUUUAUGCAAACAGAAUUAAUUUUUUUUACGAGAACAUGACCUACUAUACUUGAAAACUACAGCACUAAUUAUCACCACCGCCAGUGGGGUGUGGCUAAUGGUUCGCUAAUACGGUUUUCAGUCCGUGUAUAUGAUUAAAGCUAAUGGUUUAUGUCGCCCUCCCAGGGAAAUUGGCAGGGGAGAGUGUAAAAGGAAUGACUUCCGAUUCAGUGAUGUAAUUAUCUACACAUAUAUAUUCUUUCAAUGUUCACAUUUAACUCAGUAAAGACCAGGUGAAUGACAAGCCUUAAAAUAAAUACCAGAGGUACAAAGGAACCAUUGCCACAGACAAUUUAGAUCCAAAGUAUUGCUUUUACUGAGGGGACUCAUUUUUUAAAGAUUUCUCCAGUAAUGGAAUGGACAGGACAGUAAUUGUUAUUGAAAGGCAUAUUUUUAAACAUUUGUAUCUACGUAAAAAUAAAUUAAUGUUCUAACAUCUUAU